AUGGAGAUGAUGAGAUCACCAUUGGGAGUUAACCCCUCUGAGGCUCACUUUUCCUCCAGGUUUAAUCCCAUUAUUGAAAUGGUAAGGUCAGCAGGGAUUCCGGCUUCUGACAUCCAAAUAGCCAAUAUAAAAGGAAGUGCAAGUAGUUCGAUGGAUGAGGAAAUUGGCCCUGAGCAACUUGUAGUUGAGGUGAAAGUAGAUGGAGGAAAAUCAGGCUGA